AUGAGUAAGUCAAGAGACAACACCACUACAUAUACUUUCUGACAGUAAGAACAUAGACCAGAAGGAACUUGAAAUGCUGGAUUGGUUGUGUCCACAAGAUGUCAAUCCAGAAGAAAACCAAAAGUCGGCUGUUUGUUUAAGGCAAGCAGGCACAGGUGUAUGGUUCUUGGAUGGCGACGAUUUUCAGGAAUGGCAAUUGAGCAAUAAUUCUGCGCUCUGGAUUCACGGCAUUCGUAUGUCAUGUCUUAUCCCAUCUCUGGCAAUGUCACUCCAACCAUGUUUUGUUGCCAGCUGGCGCAGGAAAGACGAUUUUGAUGUAAGAAUUGCUCACCGCUCACAUCGCAGAGUAAUAAUGGAGAACAGAUCUACUAUUAUCCAGGAGAUUGA